CAAACUCCGAAUUGAAGGGAAUAGAAAUCAUUGUUCCUCUAAUUUCAAUCCUGUGCAGAGUUAGAUUUUUCUUUUUUCUCAAUGUUCUAAUGGGCUUAUAACUUCAAAAGCAGAUUUAGUAAAGUUCGGUCCGGUACUCCGGUCCAUAUGAUUAAUUAGAGCCUGAAGAUCAGCUUCGCUGUUCCGCCUUUGUACAUACAUCAACAAUGGCGCCUGCCAUUCUACAUUUGAGCCUUGGGUGUAGCAGUACAACAAGGGCUUGUAUUUCUGAGGAAAGAAACCAAGAGAAGGUGAAGCUCUUAGACAACAUAAAAUCCAUCAAGGACAAAACGGUCAUUUCCAAUUCCCAAGAAUCAAAACACCAUAAACUUCCUCCACUAGUUAGCGCGCUAAAAGCUUCAUCCGAGCAAAAAGUUGCAAGUUUUCACUUUCCUGGACAUAACAGGGAUGCUCAAAAGCAAGCAGCUGAAUUGUUCGGAGCUACAGAAACAUGGUUCUUAGUUGGGGGAACAACAUGUGGAAUCCAAGCAUCAGUUAUGGCUACUUGUUCACCAGGAGAUACACUAAUUCUUCCAAGAAACUCUCAUAUCUCAGCUUUUUCUUCCAUGGUGUUAUCUGGUGUUAUACCAAAGUACAUUACCCCUGAGUAUGAUUCUGAUUGGGACAUUGCUUCUGGUGUUACUCCUUCACAGGUGGAGAAGGCAAUGAAAGAAUUGGAAACAAAAGGUCAAAAACCAUCUGCAGUUCUCAUAACCUCCCCUACAUACCACGGAAUCUGCACCAAUCUCCAACAAAUCUCCUCAUUAUGUCAUUCCCAAAAUACCCCUCUCAUAGUGGACGAAGCUCAUGGGGCCCACUUCGCCUUUCACAACUCCUUCCCUCUCUCAGCUCUCCAGCAAGGCGCCGAUCUCGCCAUUCAAUCAACCCACAAAGUGCUAUCAUCUCUCACACAAUCAUCAAUGUUACACGUGUCAGGAAAUAUUAUAAAUCGAGAAAAAAUAUGUCAAUGUCUACAAACCCUUCAAACCACUAGUCCAAGUUAUCUCCUUUUAGCUUCUUUAGAUGCCUCCAGGGCUCAAAUUAGCGAAAACCCUAAAAUUUUCGAUAAAGCUGUUGAAAUAGCCACCGAAGCAAAGUCCCUCAUUAAAAAAAUCCCCGGAAUCGGAAUCCUCGAUUCCGGUGUCAACAUCGGAAUCGAUCCUUUACGGAUUACAGUCGGAGUUUGGGAGCUUGGGAUAUCGGGAUUUGAAGCUGACGAUAUUUUGUAUGAAAAUUAUGGUGUGGUUUCGGAACUUGUUGGGACCCGUUCGAUUACGUUUGCGAUAAAUCUUGGAACGAGGAGAGACGAUGUUGUUAGGCUUGUGUCGGGGUUAAAGUAUUUGUCGGAAUCACGGAUUCCGAUUCCGAUUCCAAUUCCGAUUCCGAAUGAUGUACGGGUUUUUAUGGGGAUGUGUAGUGAGAUGAGAUUGAGCCCUCGAGAGGCGUUUUUUGCAAGUAAAAAGAAAGUGAGUUUUAGAGAAAGUGUUGGUGAAAUAUGUGGGGAAUUGGUGUGUCCGUAUCCGCCCGGAAUUCCAUUGCUGAUUCCGGGGGAAGUGAUUACGGAGGUGGUGUUGAGGUAUUUGAUGGAGGUGAAAAGUAAUGGUGGAUUUAUUAGUGGAGCUGCUGAUUCCAGUCUCUCCACCAUUGUUGUUUGCAGUUGAUUCUGUGAAUAGCAAUGUACUUUAUUUAAUUUAGUGUUGUAUAGAUAAAAUAUUAAAUGGAUAAAG